AUAUUUUGUCAUUGGUUGGUGCCGUUGUUCCAAUGAUAAGGAGUUGGGUCUUUCAUCUUUGUUUGAAAUAUAUCUCUUGGGAUUGGCAUUUGUCUGGGCUUUAGCUCAAACUCAAUUUUUGGAUCAUUGUCUAUCACUUCUGCUCCAAACCCCUCUUUUCGAUUUUUAGUCCCAUGCUAGUGCCUUUAUCUCUCACUUCAGAAUAGCAGAGGAAAUGUUAUAUCAAUGCUAAUUGUUUCCCAAACGUAAGUAGCAAAAGCGAAGUCAGCUGAAUCCAUUCUGAAGAGACCAGAAACCGGAUUACAAUGUAUCCCAACCAAGCCUUUUCUUCAGGGUCCUAUGCGGACAUGAUGUCCGGGAGUUCUUUGUUAGCUCAUAACUACAAUGAAUCUGUAGGAGGGCAAAAUGGGGUGAAGUUUAUCACGGCUAUGGGGGACACAGUGACCAUGCAGUCUAUUGAUGGGCAUUCCAAUGCUGCAACUGGUGAUCCAGCAUGCAACUCUUUUGCUGGAGAUUCCCCAGUUGUUCCAAGGACACAAAUGGGCAUUGUAGAUAGAGAGCAAAACAUGCAGUGCCAGGGCCUAUCUCUUAGUCUUGGAACGCUCAUGCCUUCUACUGCAUCUGUCCCUUCAUUUCAGUAUCAAUAUCCUGACACUGGUCUUUUACCACUAAUGACUGAUUGUCUCCCAAACUUAAAGGGAACUAUGUCUCUCAAAGAUGAUGAGGCCAACCUACAUAAGGAGUUGAGAAGUGCUGCUGAAUGCAUGGCAUCUGUAUCUUCUGGGGGCUUUCAUGACAUUACCAAAAGGGAGGGUUUUUACAACCCUCACCCCUCAAUGUGUCUCAAAGAAGUCCACUCUGAUCCAUGCUUGCAAGGAUCACCAGGUUUUUCCAACAGCGUCCUAAACUCCCAAUACCUUAAAGCGGCACAGGAGUUGCUUGAUGAAAUAGUUAAUGUCCGGAAGGCUUUGAAGCAACCUGGAAUGGAAAAACAAGAAAACUGCCGUGACAUUGGAAAAGAUAGCUCUAAAGAUUCAGAUGGAAAAUCUGCAAAUGGUUCUACUGCCAAUCCUUCUUGUGAGCUAUCUCCCGGAGAACGGCAGAACUUGUUGGACAAGAAAACAAAGCUUCUGUCGAUGUUGGAUGAGGUAGAUAAAAGAUACAGACAAUACUGCCAUCAGAUGCAGAUUGUGGUGUCAUCUUUCGAUAUGGUGGCUGGGUGUGGAGCAGCAGAACCAUAUACUACACUUGCUUUGAGAACAAUUUCUCGCCACUUUCGCUGUUUGCGUGAUGCUAUUAGUGGCCAAAUUCAAGUGACACAAAGGAGCCUUGGGGAGCAAGAGGGAAUACCCCGUCUCCGCUAUGUGGAUCAGCAACUUAGACAACAAAAGGCCCUUCAGCAACUUGGUGUAAUGCGACAAGCUUGGAGGCCCCAGAGGGGUCUUCCUGAAAGUUCUGUUUCAAUUCUUCGGGCUUGGCUCUUUGAACAUUUUCUUCAUCCUUACCCCAAAGAUUCAGAGAAAAUUAUGCUAGCAAGGCAAACAGGCUUGACCAGGAACCAGGUCGCAAAUUGGUUCAUCAAUGCACGGGUGCGACUUUGGAAGCCUAUGGUUGAGGAAAUGUACAAAGAAGAGUUUGGAGAUUCUGAAAUGAACUGCAACCUUUCAUCUGAAAACAAUGGCAAAGGUAAAAGAGAUGAAGUUCAAGAGUCUGAUAAUAAUAAAUGGGAAGAGUCACAAGACAAUUUAGUAACUGUUGAUGGUAUCCAACUCCAACCCCAUGGAUUGAAGUCUGAACAUGCCUCUUCCACUACAGAACUGGAGAGAGGGGUACAUGUAGAAAAUGGGGUGAUGGAUUCUGGAACAAGGAAAUUGCAGGGUAAUCAAAACCAAAGGCUUGGGAUGAACCACAGCAGUAGCAACCUUUAUGUGGCAACCAACCAGAAUGGUGAUGGCAGCUUAAUGGGUUCUUCCACUGCUGCUGCUGCCACAUAUGAUUUAUCAGAGUUGGGUAACUUUACAGUGGGUGGCCACGUUUCACUUGCAUUGGAGUUGAGGAACUGUGAAAGCGAUGGAUUUGCCAUGUCCGAUGAUGCCAUCCACAAAAGACGUAAUCAAACAUUGGCUUCUUCCCCGGAUGCUGAUUUGCUAGAUUAUCAUUUCACGGAUUCAGGAAAGCAACAGCACAGGUUUGGCAAUCCUCAUCUGUUGCAUGAGUUUGUCGUAUGAAAUCUAGCAAAAAUAUUUGAUGAUUUUAAGGGAUCUCUGGAAAGGUGUACCAUCACAAAGCUGAAAGAGAAAGCCUAUGCUGCUGCUCUUUUUUCUUCAUUCUUGUUGCCCAUUGUUCGUAAAAGUGAUGUAAAUCACCAACCGUACAAAAUAUACAGGUAGACGUGUAGAUAUUCGCUUGUAAUAUUACAGAUGAUUGGUUGUAUGUGCAGGCAAUUUUUGUAAGCAUAAAAAGAACACGUCUCGUGCAUUAUGUUGAAUAAGGAAUCUUGUAAAAAAUUAAAAAAAAACUGUAACAAGUACGAUGUGAAUGUAUUGAUUCUUGUUAGUAAAUUCACGGCAUGUCGUGUGGU